UUACUGCUGCUCCUUGGCAGUGUGGAGCUGAACACUGCAACUGGGGAGGGGAGGGUGCUUUGAGGGAUGCUGGCGUCCAACCGCUCACAGCCACUGGGAUACAGGGAAUCAGUGCAAUUGUGAGUCAUCAAAAUACUAGUGGGGAAAUAGAGGGAGAAAAAGAAAUGGAUUUUCAGGCAGAGUCCCAUCUCUGCAUGAAGAGAGGAGCCUGCCGUGUUGUGCUAUGAAUCUCCUUUCCAGAUGCUCAGAGGAGCUGUGCUACCUUCUAGAGACUAAGGAGGGGGUGCGAUCUGAAAAGAGCACAACAGCACGUCUCUGACAUGGCAAACUUCACUCUCCCCUUUGGUGCUAACCAGAAGCUGAAGUAAAUGAACUUCAGUUCCCAGUCCAGGAGCUCAAGUGGCAACUGCUCCACAGCAUGCAGAGGCUUUGAUUGGCACUUCAGACCCCAAAGACCUGCAGUGGCAGAUGUCUCAAGCAAGUAUCUCAAAUGACAGUGCUGAGCAGACACAGCAUCAGCAGCCUUGGCCAAACCCUGCCAGGUUUCUGCUAAGCCUGUUGUAAGGAAGAAUCAGAACUAACACAAGGCAAUAAAAGCAUCACUGACUUCCCCCACAAGAAACCUAAAUUCAAGAUACUUUGGAAUAUUUAUAUUAUUUAAAUAUUGAAUCUUCCCAAAAAGGCAGAAAUGACUUUUACCUGCAAUUCCAAAACUCCUUCUCAAGUUAUCCUGGAAAGUAUAAGAAAUAGCCUCAAUUUUAUGUAGCCUCACUUCUGCAUCCCAAGAAAAUGCAGAAGGAGUUAAAUUUGAAUGUGAAAUGGUAGCUGUGCUAUUAACUAGGGGAAUGAUAAAACUUAGGGAGAAAGGUGGGUUUUCUAAUAUUUCCAAAUCCUUCUCAUUGUUCCUGGUGCUGCGCUUCUAAGAUAUUCUUAAACUUUUUUCCCAGCAAAGCCAGGCAAAUGUUGCCUGUAGGACCUUCUGAAAACUGAUCUCACCAUUCUUUACAAGAAAAGGGAGUGAAAUACACCAGCUUUGCAUGAACAUUAUCAGCCACACACCAUGGUUUUCCUCCCUGGAAAUUCAUCUGAUUGCUCCAACUGCACCCACUCUGUGGGGCCUGUGAACAUUUCAAAGGCCAUUUUACUAGGCAUUAUUCUAGGGGGGCUGAUUAUUUUUGGGGUCCUGGGUAACAUUCUGGUUAUCCUCUCCGUAGCCUGCCACAGACAUCUUCAGAGUGUUACCCACUAUUAUAUAAUCAAUCUGGCUGUAGCUGACCUCCUCUUGACUUCCACUGUCCUGCCCUUCUCAGCUACCAUGGAGAUUUUGGGCUACUGGGCCUUUGGGAGAAUCUUCUGCAACAUCUGGGCAGCUGUUGAUGUCCUUUGCUGCACUGCUUCCAUUAUGAGCCUCUGCAUCAUCUCGAUAGACAGAUACAUCGGGGUGAGUUACCCACUGAGAUACCCAAGUAUAGUGACAGAGAAGAGAGGCCUCCUGGCUUUAUUUUGUGUUUGGGCAUUGUCUGUGGUGAUAUCAAUUGGACCUCUUUUUGGCUGGAAGGAACCAGCACCAGAAGAUGAGACCAUCUGUCAAAUCACUGAAGAGCCUGGCUACGUGCUGUUCUCUGCUCUAGGCUCCUUCUACCUCCCCUUGACUAUUAUCUUGGUGAUGUACUGCCGUGUGUAUGUAGUGGCCAAAAGGGAAAACAAAGGCCUGACUUCUGGCCUGAAGACUGAGAAAUCUCGUUCUGAAGAGGUGACUCUACGGAUCCAUCGUAAAAAUGCUCCUGAAGCAAGCAGAUCAGCAUCUAACUCCAAGAGCAAACAUCAUUUCUCAGUGCGUCUCCUCAAAUUCUCCAGGGAAAAGAAAGCUGCCAAGACCCUGGGAAUAGUUGUGGGAUGCUUCGUUUUGUGCUGGCUUCCAUUUUUUGUAGUAAUGCCUAUUGGUUCUUUCUUUCCUGCAAUCAAACCCCCGGACACACUUUUUAAAAUAACAUUUUGGCUUGGCUAUUUAAACAGCUGCAUCAACCCCAUAAUCUACCCAUGCUCAAGUCAAGAGUUUAAGAAAGCGUUCCAAAAUGUCCUGAGAGCCCAGUGUCUUCCAAGAAAGCAAACAGCAAAGAAGCAAUCCCCAAAUUUCAACCUCAACCAUCCUGCUAGCCAAAGCAUGGAGAGUCACAAAGGUGUGGUCCGUAUCCCUGUUGGCUCGGGCGAAACCUUCUAUAGGAUUUCCAAGUCCGACGGGGUCUGCGAAUGGAAGAUAUUCUCCACUGUGCAAAGCAUGCCUGCAAAAAACGCAGUCUCUAAAGACAAGUCUAGCUGUACUGCUGCCAAAGUGAAAAGUAAAGGUUUCCUACAGGAAUGCUGCUGUGCAGGCACUUCAGGGAACGUUAUCCGGGAAAAUCGUAAAGUGCCAACCAUUAAAAUACAUACCAUCUCCCUCAGUGAAAAUGGGGAGGAUGUCUAAAGGACUGAUGUGACUAGUAAUAUAGGCUGGCAAACUCAUGGCUCUGCUAAUGGGAUCUUGCUCAUUGCAUUGGGAAGUGGUAGUAGGUGCUACAACAGUUGAAAGGAUCCAGGUGAAACAAAUAGCAUGCUGUAAAGCAGGGCCAGAUCUUUUGAGGAGUGAUGUCUUUGAGUGCUGGUAGCCCCUUAAAAUCUGUGAAUGACUUGGGCAGAUGGUGAGCACCCAGUGCUCUUCCAGGAGUCUGUCCUCUGCAAGGGAUUUGCCUGACAUCUUAAAGGCCUUAUUUUUCAUGGUAUUCCCCUAUUUUAAAGUUCCAUUUGCUCUGAUUUUUAAGUGUAAUGGGGAGAAAGAGAGAGCAAUCCUGUAGUGAAUUCAGCACGGAUACUUUCAGACAACUCCAACUUCACAGCCACUUCAGUGAUAUAAUUUUGGCUUUUUAAGCUGAAUAAGUUGAUUCAGCAGUCAAAAGAGCUGAGGUGGGGAGGGUCAGGUCUAGGGUCAGCGUUUACAGAUCUCUGCUUACUCUUCAAUAAGGGACUUGGACAAGAAUGUUUUUCUACUACGUCUUGCCUCUCUUGUUCAUCUCCAGGUCCCAGUUUGGAGAGGUCCUGCACUCCUUCCCGAAGAGGACAAGCAGCUGUUUGGAUCACAUCUUCAGCUGGGCAGCCCCAUUGUCCUCAUUCCUGAGCUGCACCAGGUGGGGAUUUGGUCUUCCAUAAUGCCCGCAAGUCUGCUUGCCCUCAGCCUGUCUGGAGACGCAGUCAGUUCAGCUGACGGAGCUUGGCAAAAACAUUCCCUUGGCUCUUGCCCUGCUUGGAGUCACUCUCUAAGUUUCCCUUUGUGCUUUGGAUUUCAGGGAAUUCCAUUGCCAAGAAAAACUUGAUCCAAAUGACUGCAUUCCACCUAGUUUCAGAGACCCACCAGAAUUUUUCUUUUUUUGUACAACCUAUCUCCACACAAAACCAAAUGAAAAUUUGCAGUCAUCUUAUGUUUCUUUGGAAGGUCUCUCUGCUUUGAUGCAGAUCAAAAAAACCUCAAAAUUAGGUGAGACAUCAUUAAGUGAAGCUCAAAGAGGUACUCAACCAUUUAUUCUCCGUAUUCUUCUGAGGCCAGCAGAGAACCAUUUAAAAACUCAAAAUCUCUUUGCUCAUGUGCUUGCAGUAGUCAGAUCCUGAGGUACUGCAGUGCCAUAGUCACUGGAAAAGCUGCAGCUGUUUUGCUGCCUCCCUGCCAGGUGUUACGCCACACUCUUCUUCUGACUACUUCAAUGCAAAAUAUUAAGCCUUCUAUGAGUUCCUAGGUACCCUAGAGGCAGGAAUUUUAUGGGAGUUAAGCCCAUUAAAUGACUUAAGCAUGUACAUCCCCAUGAGAAAGGACCAUCCUUUGGGAAUUUGGGAGAAAAGCAUUUGGAAGCAUGCUAUAUUUUAAUAUAGCUAAUCCAAGUAAAUAAAUAAAUCAACAGUUCAGCAUCUGGAAUAAAUAGUGGGAGGAAUUCUCUGUAUAAUAUUAGAAAUAAGCAGCUCUUGACAUAACUCCUCCUGAGCCUGCCAAGUAAGAAUGCAGCUUCCUUGAAACAACACAUAAGCCUUUACUCAUGUCUCAGUGUCAGCUUUGUGCUGUGCUGAAUAUCUAGUGGCUUGAAAAGGGAAAGGGCUUAGGAGAAGGUUAGCUUUUACAGGAUAGAACCUUGAAAAGGCACCUUGAUAUUAUUGAUGAGGAAUCAUUGUUCAUUCAUCUCUCAUUCAGUAGUACGUCCCCAGUGUCAAGAGCAUUUUAGUCUUCUGUGUCUUUUAUUUAUGCAUGAAUGAGACUUUUCUCUUGUAAACAAAUAUUUUCAGCUAGCACAUUGCCUGAAAACUUGCAAAAGUAGGCUCUGAUUCUUAUAAUUUCUUGCAGUACUGUUGCUUUAUAUAGCUCUGGGAUCAGGAAGGGUGUAAACCUGAGGUGUAAAUGCAAUUCACAACUAUAGAAACAGCAUUUUACAUGUCCAGGAUGCUAAUAAAGCACUCAAAGUGAAAGGAAAAGAGUAGAUGGGCCUAAGCCUCGAUUUCAGGUCAAGAACUCCUGGUUAAAUUAUGAAUAGGUGUUGGGGCCAGAUUUACCAGCGUGUUUAGUGCCAGAUGUGAAAACCCCCCAACUGACUUCUGAAGUCAGAACACCCCCUCCUGAAAGCCCUCCCUGGAAGUUAAGUGCCUAACCUGCUUAGGUGCUUUUGGAAAAUCCCAGUAGAUGCCUAUCUGCAUUGCAAGGCUCCUAAAAUGACUGGACAUUGUUAACAGGCUAUUCAUAUUCCACAGCUUUGUUCACACAUCAGAGAAUUAUUUCAAUCAAUACAUGCAAGAAGGAGUUUUUGUGUAGACUGUUCACAGAGGCAGGGCAGGCUGGUUAAUUUUUCCCCUACAUUUGGCUCUGUUCUCAAUGCAUUAAUAUUGUUCUGCAAUAUUAGAACAUCUAGGAAACCUCGUACAAGGUACCCUUUACUGGAGAUCCUGCUAAUCUCAAAGUAGGAAAUCAAGUCUUUGAGCAGAUUCACUAGGUGGUAUUGGCUCAGACAACACCAGCUUGAUUCAACUAUAUUAGAAAACAAGAAAGGCCUAAAUGAGCUUGUAAAGUUGGCAUUUUCCUUCUAGUGUAAUAAUGAAGAACACUGCAGGUCUCAUAUAUGCCUGUAAAUUUUCCUUGCAGCACUUGCUGCCUCAAAUAUUUGUCUUACAGGUGUUUUCAGGUGCUAAAAAGUCAAAUCAAACAGGGGACUUGCUUCUCCGAGCCUUCAGGUAAAUCAGUAAUGCAAUGAUGUGGAAUAUGACGCAAACAUGGUUCUCAACUCUGCCUGCAGUGGUCCUGAAGACAUUGAGAAGAUGCUUGCAUUUGGAAUUGUGUUUUUCAGUCCUUCAAGCCUUUGUUCUGUUCUGUGGGCCUGUAAAUGGCACUUUCAGCUCUCCUUACACUUGGAGAAUGAAAUAUCUAGUUUAGCUGAUUGGCUUAAGCAAAUGGUUAUUUGUUCUCCCAUAUGAAUACUGUGUAAGAAAGCUACAGAAUGUCCUAAACAGGUUAAAAUUAGAGAUUACUUCAAAUCAAAACCCAGGACCCAAACCCUUAUGUAUUUCCAGAAACAUGAAUGUAUGGGCACCAACUCUGUUAUCCCUUUUUUAUCUUAAAAAAGAAACCCAUUCACCCACCCCUCAAGCUUUUCUUAAGUUUUUUCAAUAAUGACUAGGAUUUGAGACCAGAAGUGUUGAAACACCAUGAAAAAAAUUAUUCUCAUGGUAUUUCAAGCCAAGACCAGAAGCAGAAAAGCUGGAAAUCUCAUAAGAAAGUGAUGUAAGACUCAUAGCCAAGGUUUUCAGUCUCAUGGGGUUCAAAUAUAUGGGACAUUUAUUUGAACCAAACCUGAACUCUGAAACACUUGAAAAAUGUCCAUUAAAUUGAGCAAGACUAGAUAGCAAGAUUUAAUAUCUUCACUGCAUUUGCUGUCCAACACUAUUUGUAUACCUAUUUUAUAACUUCAGAUGGACCAGUAAGGUCAUUUGUGCCAUCUCUGCUUUGCAGCUGGGAGAUUUACACAGUGGCUCUCCAGUCAUUUUAGAUUUGUUGAGGUUUCAUGCUGUCACCAAGGGGAUUAUUGUGAAGCUAUACGUAAGCUGAAGAAAUGGAUCAGUCAUUAAAGAGCAAUUCUGAAAUAGCAAUAUAAUCUAAACUUGUGUGGUUAGAGUAAGGAAGUCAGUGUGCUGGUGGCAACAUCUAGAUAGUUGGGAAGCACAGUGCUCCUGCCUGUGAGAGCCAGAGGUCAGAAUAAUUUAAUCUUUGCCUCAUCUUCCUUCUUUUUCAUCAAACAGAAGCUGAAGAACCUCUCCCUGUCUGGGGAUUCUAGACAGACUCAGACCUCAGUGUCGAGCAAGCCUGAUCCUAGCCACACCUCUGCUUCCCAGCAAGAGUAUAUACAUAAUUUGUUUGGCUCACUCGACAGAGAAUAUCUGCAUAAAAAUUGCCCCAUUCCCUUGCUGCAAGUAGGAUUAUAGGCACUUGUCAUCUUUAUGGACAUUUGGACUGACAAGUUUCAAAAAGUAGAGUGCAGAUUUAAACAGCCUUUUUUUUUUUUUUAAUUAAAAGUGAACUUGGCACUAGUAUAGGAGUUACAGCCACAGAAGCUGAAAGUCUCUGUCAAAAAGCACUAGCAGUACAAUAGAUUCCCUGUCGGCCUGCCAGCCGUCAUUGCAGGUAUAAUCCUUCUAGGAUUAGGGCUCUGUUGUGUGAAGUACUGUAAGAGAACAAGAGAGAUCCAGGGAGUUUACAAAAUAAGAAGGUGGUCAGAUGGGAAGUAUGAACACAGUGGAGCAUGUUGAUUUUUCCUCCAAGUCACAUCCACUGGACUGCACUGCUUUUGAUUGAUGUGUCCUGAAUGAAACCUUGCCGGGGAGUGUGGGGCAUCCCUCUGUUCCCUCCACUGAGAGCAACAGCUGAGCUCUCCAGCCUGAGUGGAGCACAUCAUCUCUCCUGUGAAGUGUUGAGAGCUGCCAGCAUUUAAGUUAGCUGGCUUCCGAUUUACACUGGUUGAGUCUAAGUGAAUCACCAGCCUGUUUUCUUCCAGGAGCAGGAAUAGGUCAGUAUUCCAGUUUCCAGGGUUAAUGUUCAUUCAGAUUUAGUGUCUUAAAAUUUUAAGGUUUCAUAUAUUUUGCAACAUUAUUCAAAUCCCAAGUACUCUAAGGUUUUCCCAUUACCCAAAUAAAUGUCUGCUCAUUUUUUUUGAAUGUCAUUCUGCCAAGUCCAAGGAUAAAUUAUGCAUUGUAUAAAAUAAUAUUUUCCUUUGCCAGGCUUUAACAUCUUGAAAAUUCAUAGCAUUUAAAAGAGAAAAGAUUAAACUAGAAAUACUUCCUGCUUUUCUACUCAUUGGACUCAGAUUUCACUGAGCUUUUCCAGUCUUAUUUGCAAAAUGUAUCUGCCUGACUUUUUUCAGUUUCAUGAAAGGUAACAUGAAGGACUUGAGUAUCAUAUACCAGUUGAAGGCAGUUAAAAAAAGAUCUCAUUGGUUUAUUGAAGCAGAAGUCACGUAGUUCUAGGUAUGUCUGUUAGCGUCACGUUAACUAAUGCUCAUGUGUGAAUGGGUUUUUUUAUUAUGAACUCCAUUUGAAAAUAAAGAUACUGAGGCAGUGACCCAAUUCAGGUGAUUUGCUCAAGGAAGAUUUCAGCCGUCUCAUGCAGAAUCUGUGCUUGGUAAUUAACUCUGUAUCCUACUCAGAGAUACUUUUAUACUCUUUCCUUUCUUAAUACUGUUUGGAUAAGGAAGACACAAUGUUGAGAAUCAAAUCAGUAGGCCAGGCUGUCGAUGCCAGUUCUUUCGGAAUGAUUGUGUCUGUCAACAGGCCCAAAAAGGAAAGCCAGCCAGCCUUCAAGAAGUUGCACUAAGCUCAAAGCGUUGUUGGGACCUCCACAAUGCAGUGUCCUUGUUUGCCAAGUGAUAGCGGGAAAAGGCGCCUAAUAGCUUGCAAGAGAACUAUCGUAAUGAGGCAGGUUUGUAUGCACUGCUGCGCGCUCUGUUUUCUGCAUUAGUCAUGCCUAUAUCCAGUCAUCCUUCUGCACAGAACCUUUAUAUCUCACUAGCAUGUUGGCCUUUAACUUAUUUUCCCAACAAGCCCAGUAGUCCACAAAUAGGAAUCUUUAUUCCGUUUCUUGCCUAAUUAUAAUGAGGCUCAUAGUGAACUCAGGGCAGAAGGGCAGGCUGCCCGGCCAGACUAAUCCCAUUUUUUCCUAUCAUUGCACAUAAGUAAACUAAACCUUCUCCAUCUAUAAAAGGGAGCUAAUUCAUAAACAUAAUCAACUACUUUCUGGAGGUAUUUUCAAGCAGAUUUUUUAAUAUAUGACAGUAUUAUGAAAAUCCAAGGUGCUGUGAGAGAGUUUGUAGUGCAUUAAAAUAAAGAUCUUCUGCCGAGCCUGAUAAAUGUAAUUGAAUCACUUAUUUCCCAAUGGGAGAUUAAACAUUCAUAUUAAAGAUUCAAGUAAAAUGUCAUGCCUUCUAUGCAGAGUGCGCUGCAUAUUUCUCAUACAGAGAGGAGGAGAAAAAUAGCAAGUAUGAGCUAUGGGGAAAUGAAUUGCUAAGUAGGAGCUAUGUAUUGCUGUCAGCUAUCACAUAAGAAAUAACACACCUUUUAGUUCAACGACACACUCAGAAGUCUAGCUAAUGUAGAUUAGUAUGUCUGCUAUACUCAGCUCAAAUCCAGGCUGAAAAAUAUCUUCUCCUUUAGCAUCAUGAAACCUUCAGUUCCUUUUCAACAGAGUCAAAAUGGCCUAGUGUUUACACAAAAAAGCAGAAAUGAAUCCCCGGUAGUCAUUGUCUCAGACUGAAUAACCUGAUCUUCUCUAUUGAUCUGCAUUUCUACUGUAAAAACUUCGUCCUUGUAAACCAGUUUUCUGAAGUAAGAAAACAAAUAUAGCCAGCAUUUCAGCAGUUUUCUACUUAAAAAGUGGUUCCACUGGCAAGUGAAAUCUCAGCUAAUGAUCGUAGCAUCAGAUUUGUGAUACAGUAUCUUUGCUGACUAUUGCUGAAUGCUUAGUUGUACUUACAUAUGAUUUUUGGAAUUGUAUGCAAGCUGGUGUGGUCUUUUGCUUAUCCAGUUUUCUGGUUGCAAAAAUGUUUUAUUUUUCUUUUGUCUGAUGCAGCAUUUUGCCUGCAUGCUGUACAACUUUGGCUGCCAAUGUUUUUUAAAGAUGUUUCUUGAAAUGGACUGCAUUUUCUGAACAUAGUGUUUCAAUGUCAUUGGAUUUUCUACAUGCUGUUUUUAUAGGCCUGUUUAUUAUGCAACAUGUUUGAACAGUCAUGCUGGUCAUUUUCUUGAACAAAAU